UGGCCUUUCAGCUGACUGCUGACUGCACGAAUCUCUCUUCUCUUCUGCCUCCUCGCGAACCUCCCAAUGUCUUGUCUUUCAGGUCUUUCCUCCACACCACAACUACUCACUGUUCAUGUGGCGCACCCAUUGUCUAGUAAUCCCUUGUGACUAAGAUAAUCAAUCACCUUGCGCCUGCCACGCUCGGGUACACCGAGCUGGAGGGCUUGAUUACUACAAGACGACGCCCGGUAGGCAGACAUUCCUGUUCUGGCCACCGGGGCGAUCGCUGAACGCUCUCUACGUCAAUCAUCUGAAUGGCCACGGAUAUCGAUCGAACUCUUUAGGACUAUAUCAAGGGCCUCCUCUCGGUUCUCCAGAAAGAACCGCAGAUAACAAAUCAAAAGCAUGGGCUCCGCUAUAAAUCUCGACGAGAUCAAACGAUUUGAAAUCACCGAAGUCUAUGCACACCCCGAUGCCAAAGUCGAUAUAGUCCUCGUCCAUGGGUUGAACGGAGACCCGCGCAGGACAUGGACGGCUUCAAAUGGGGUCUUCUGGCCGACGCAGCUUCUGCCCAUUACGCUGAAGUCUGCACAAGCCCGGAUUUUGGUCUACGGCUACAAUGCGGACGUUUACGCUUUUGGUAACAGUCGGAGCGCAAGUUCCGAAAUGAUUCAUCAUCAUGCGCAAACUCUACUCUCGAAUCUUGCACUUGAGCGAAAGAGCGAAGAAGUGACACACCAUCCCAUAAUAUUUGUGGCACACAGUCUUGGAGGAAUACUAGUCAAGCGCGCUCUGGAGAUGUCGGAACAACUUGGAGGGAAAAGCGCGGAUGACCUACGGUCGAUAUUUGUCUCGACCUAUGGAAUCAUGUUCCUCGGAACACCCCACAAUGGGGCGGAUCCGGCAAAAUGGGGUUUGAUUCUCCAAGGAAUGGUCAAUGCGUUAGUUCCCAAGAAAGUCAUCGAUACGGAAGCUCAGCUGGUCAAAACACUGCAGACCAACAAUGAAACGCUGCAGAAUAUCAACAUCAAUUUCCUCGAUAUGGUCAAUCGGUUCAAAAUCUGCAUGGUCCAUGAAGCCGUUAAGACCGAUCUCAAGGGUACAAAGGCAUUUAUUGUCGACAAGGAUUCGGCGGCUCCGCUUUUACCUGAUGUAGUGUAUUUUGGGAUUGAAGCCACACAUUCAGGGAUGUGCAAGUUCGAAAGUAAGAACUCUCCUGGGUACUUGGCGAUUUCAACGACCAUCAAAUCCUGGGUUCAAGAAUGUAUUCCUGUGAUCCAAGCUCGACAGCAUUUUGAGGUUAUGACAAGGAGACAAGAGAAGAACUUCCAAGCCGAUGAGAUUAGGGGAACAUUUGGACUGACAACAGCCCAAACGUCAAAGAAUUCAAGUCCCGAUCCAUCCUCAGUAAAUAAUUCUACAGUUAUGGUCACAACAAUCGAUAUUAGACCUGAAUCAGAUGAUGACCAGUCACUCAACACACCAUACUUCAUCAAACCAUCUGGGUUUCGUCCAAACUCUCUUUCUGUCGGCCGGCAAACUCAGCUUGAAGACCUGCACAAGAUGUUAUUUGAUCGAAAAAGACGAAAAGAGGGCACAUCUGCUACCCUGAUCCAAUCAAUGCCCGGUGGAGGAAAGACACAUCUAGCGCGGGAGUACGUAUAUGCGCACAAAGAUGACUUCCCAGGAGGCAUUUUCUGGGUACGAGCCAAGAGUCAGACUGAAUUUGCUGCCGGUUAUUGGGACAUUGCGCGGAAAGCAGUUCUCAAACAUGCAUCUAAGGAUGGUAUCAAUACCUUCGAGGAUCCUGAGCAAUUCAUGAAGAUGGUCAAAAAAUGGUUGAAACACCGUCGUGAUUGGUUGAUGGUUAUCGACGGCAUCCGCUUUGACAGUAUGGCAGAUCUACAACGCUUUAUUCCUGACAGCAGAGAUACUUGUCUGAUAUAUACAUCAACGGAGAAAUCUGCCAGCGGAGACCAUCACUGGAUGAACCCCCAACUUAUCAAGCUACCACUUCUUUCGGCGAGAGAGGCACAAGAGCUGUUAUUGUUGGAACUUGACAGAAAGAAGCCAUUCUCAACGGAUGAUUUGAAGCAUUCGAUGGAGUUGGUUCAGUACAUGGGACUCUUACCCGUAGUCAUCCAUGCUGUCGCACAACGAUUAAAGGCUACCGAUGAACCAUUGGCCAAAUUUGCUCGCUCCUAUGCAUCUGAACCCAGACUUCGAGGACUCGAUGCCUAUAUUGCUGUUGUGGACCAGUUGAAGCUCUUGGCAGCUCAUCAAGCGCUGAACCUCAUGUAUAUUCUAUCCUUUUUCAGCCAGUACAUCCCGGUUGAGAUGAUCUCUCUUGGCCUCAAAGCGCUCGAUGUCCCUGUAAAGACUUAUAAUCAGUUCUCUGGCCGCACAUUGAACAACACGUUCAGGAUUUUGAACAUGUUUGCACUCAUCGAGCGAAACGAGCAUGAUUCAUCCCUUCAUUCGUCGCAGAGCUCGAAAGGUAGCAGAGAAAUGCUCGCUGAUAACAUCGAUGUGAUCAGGCUUCACAGUGUGGUCCAAGGCUUCUUCUCUGAUACACUCUUGGCAGACAAGGAUCACAAGGCUUUUCCCACGUGGCUUGAUAGAGCUGUCCGAGUCUUUUGCUGUUCAUACGAUAUGGCCAGCGAGCGAAUCGCACGAAAAACAAACGCCGGACUUGUCGAGGACUAUCGGCUCUACGAAAUCCACGGCAUUAGACUUCGAGAACAUAUCACUCGGCAUGAAAAGAAGAUACCAAUGGCCGAUACACUUGCCAUGCUAGAUACUCGACUCAUGAGGAUUAAGCAUGAAAUCGAACAGAGAACUCCGGAAUCCUCAACUUUCAUCGCGGGUGGCGGGCCACACGUGUUUCAAACUUCGAUAUUCGACCGUACUAGCAGCUCUUCAGAUACUGGUCCCGAGACUCCAGGAGAUUCCGACAGAGGACCAUCAAGGGUUUCUACAUGGGGUCUUGAUCCUGAUCAGAUUCAGCACGAAUCUCCAACUGAGAUCCACCAUCAAGACUUAGGUCUCAAGCUUGAGAACCAUUUCCCACCCCAGGUCCAAGACGAUACUGGCUAUGACAGCGAUUUAGAAGUGACAGCCCAACCCUCUCCCCGUACCAUCAAGGCGCAAGAGUCGCCAACUACUUCUGACGGCAUAUGGGAAACAGUCCCACCUCGUCGAAAACCUCGUAGUACGCGCUUGAACCUUGGAGACCAUCGCACAACGAGAAAUCUAGGAAGACAGAAAUACAGCGACAGAGCAGGCUCAUUUCGCUCCCUGAAAACCGUCGAUCCACGCACCGUCGGUGCUCUAGUCACUCGUGAGACGGCUCGCGGAUACUUAUAUAAUAACUCUUCUCGCCCGCAAUCUGAUGGGCAGAUCCCAGGGCAAUCGAAUGCGGAGGUUGCAUUGAUACAUAUUUCGCAAACCAGCCCACCGCCUGUUCGUGACAGUGGCACGAAUCAAGAUCGUCGAUCACUGCCUCAGCGCUCGAAUGACCGAGAAAGAUCAGUUGCAGGGACAGCUUCAUACGCUGCUGCUGUGUCUAGUCGUGCGCGCGAUGCAGUUACCAGGGAAGAUCGGUCAGUCAGUGAACCGCAAAUUGGCUCAAAUGAGAAUAAGCGCACCUCGACUCUUGAGCAGCAACAGAGUUCAACAGUGAAAUCUCUCAAACAAUCUCCUGUUUCAGUGGGUGAGCAGCCACCAAAGUCGAACACACCUCGGGUGCCGUUUACGCCUAUGCCGCCUUAUCCACUGACCCCAGAGUUCGAAUAUCAACUCCAGUAUCCACAGUCAGAUAUAAAUUUACAUCAGCUAUCUGCGCGACACAGCCAGGAUCAUCUACUGAAAGAGCCUAAUCUAACACUUUCCGGUGCAUACCCGCGCCUGAAUGGUCCAGUUCCAUUCGAGAGGGUGGAUACCCCUUCUAUCCCCAGGGAUUACGGUUCCCAACGAGAUCAUCCGGGCCAGCAUUCUCAUACAAACCCAGAGAGUCUACAAUCAUCUAUCCAUGCUGAGCAAAAGUCACACUUUCUCUCGCUUUCUUCGCCAAACAUUCGUCCAGGACGGGAAGAAACAUAUUAUCCUGGGCACCCGGAAUUUUCGUCCCAUGCUCAGACUCAUACCUAUGAAGAAGGAUACACCUCACAGCCGAUGUCGAGGGAUCCAAGUGGACAAUCAGCGCAUUCCGAACAUUCUCAUCAAUCUCGCUCUUCCCAUGUUACGGAAACUGGUAGGCGUCGUCCAUCGUUGGCAGAGACGGAACCUCCCCCUCAGCUGCCAGACUUCAGUCCAAGGUAUUCGCCUACCAGUUACGAGCUCUAUGAACGAUGGCGGGAUUAUCGAGAAAGGGUAUCCGUAAGGACUAAUUCACGGUUGGAGUUCUCGAAACUCAGUGAGCGAGUGGAUGCGUGGACACUCACUGACCGUGAGAAUACCCCACCACCACCAAAAGCACCCUCAAAAACGCAGUUCAACCCCGCCGCUCCCUGCUUCACGCCUUCGUCUUCCUUCAGAUAUUCUCCAAACCCACCACCAACCGUACCACCCAACAGCCUAUUUUCCAACGCCUCCAACACGACCUCUCAAUACGCUUCCCCGCUCGUGCCACAAGCCCGUAAUACAAGUCCUCGCUCCUUCCACUCGACCUCGACCUCACAAUACCCAGCACCCCCUCAACCACCCCACACAACGACGACGAGCCCUCAAUCCUUCCACUCCCAAUCCUCACACACCCCAUCAAACCAGCCCCAAGCCCCCCACACCAUUACACCCCAAUCCUUCACUUCCGCAUCCGCAGCACCCAGCGCUGAAGAAAUGCGCAGCACCAGCUCGCGAUCCGGAGGAAUCCGCGUCGCCCAGCGCACACUCAUCAAAUUCGGCGAUUUCCCAGAACAAAUCGCGAUCUUGGAUGCAGGGGCCGAGAGGAGAAGAAGUAUGGAAUACUUGUCUUAUAUAAACGAUGAUGCUGAACAGCAGCCCCCUGCUGCUGUUGGGUUGGGAAUUAGUUAGUUCGGUACGACAAUAGCUAUGUGUGUAUGGUAUGUAAGGUAUGUAAGGUGGCUAGCUGGGUAAUUGGGCGGGCUUGUACUUUAUAUAUAAAUUAUAUAAUUCGCACUACCCC